AUGUCAUCAUCAUAUUUUAAUAAUAAUAAUAACUACAGUGAUAUUAAUCAUGGCAAUAGCAGCAGUUUAAAUUUUAGUAAAGAUAGCUUAAGUAAUACUAUUAAUAAUAACAAAACCUCAAAAAAAAUUCAUGUCAAUAAUAAUAAUGAUAUUAAAGAAUCACCUAAAUUUAUAAUUAAUGAAAUU